AGACAGCACAACGCUAUAAACGUUGUUAAACCAAAUCCAAUUAAAUACACACCUAGAUACCCAGAGAGAAACUCACUUCCAAUCCCAGCCGUCCAAUCUCAAUCCAACGAUCCACAACUUUUCACUCUCACACACAAAUACACACACAAACCCGGCCGCCUCGCUCACAUUUCUCCCCCAAAUUAUGCAACCAUUCAAUUUCAACGCCGGAAACGAAGCGCUCCGGUGCUUAUCCAUCGCCGAGAACCUCCUCAGCAGCCGCGACUUCGCCCAAUGCAAACUCUACGCGACCCGGGCCCGAGAGUCCGACCCGAGAAUGGAGCAAUCGGAGCAGAUGAUCGCGAUUGCGGAUACGCUGAUGGCGGCGGAGACUAGGCUGAGUAAUCAGCAGAUUGACUGGUACGGCGUGCUGAGAGUGGAGAGCAAUUGCGGCGAUUUGGAGCUUAUGAGCUCGCAGUAUCGGAGAUUGUGUGUUUUGUUGAAUCCGAGUAGAAAUAGGUUUCCGUUUGCGGAGAAUGCGUAUAGGCUGGUGAAUGAGGCGUGGAUGGUGUUGUCGAAUCCGUCGCGGAAGUUUGAGUUUGAUUCGGUGAUUAGAAAUGCGAAUUUUGGGUAUAAUUUUAUACAGCAGCCUCCGGAGACCGGACCUGGACCGCAGCAACAGCAGCAGCAGCAGCACAAUGGGAGUACGCAUUAUAGUUUUAUACAGGAGCAUAGCGAGCAGUUACAGAAGCAGCAUCAGCAGCAUUACGAGCAGCAGCAGUUUUUGCAGCCGUUUGGGGAGCAGCAGUUGUUUCCGAGUCAACGAGGUGAGUAUGUGAAUGAGGGGCAGCAGAAUUGGCCGAAUCAGGUGCAACAACAGGGGAUGCAUUGGUCGCAGGGGCAGGGACAGCCGCAGAAUUUGCACUGGUCUCAGCAGCAGCAGCAACAACAGCAGACUUUGCCUUGGCAGAGUCAGCCGCAGCAGCUGUUAGGUCAGCGUUCGGCUACACCUCAGCCACAAGUUCUGCCUCAACAGCCGGAGCAGAAUUGGCCUCAGCAUCAUCAGCAGCAGCAACAGCCUUUACCGUGGCAUCAAGCUCGGCCGCAACAAGCAUUAGGUGUUCCGCAACAGCAAAUGCCUUUUCGCCAGUCUACACCUCCGGCUCAAGCUAGAGUGGAACCACCUCAGCCACAGGCUCAGCCCCCAACACAGCCUUUACCCUGGCAUCAUUCUCAGCCGCAACAGCAAUCAGUUCGUCCUCUACCUCAGAAACCUCUGCGGCAGGCUACUCCCUCACCUCAACAGGCUUCGCGUCAGGCUACACCUCCUCCUCAGUCACACCAGCGACAAACACAGCUACUUUUGCCCAAGUCUCCCCCUCCGCGUCAACAACCUCUUUCCGAUACACAACUAUAUCAGCAGCCAGAAGCACAACAGCCAUUGCCUUGGCAUCAAUCUCAGCCGCAACAGCCAUUGGCUCGUGCUGAACCUGAACUGCAAGAGGCUUUACAUCAACCUACGCCACCACAAAAGCCUUGGCAUCAAUCUCAGCCGCAACAGCCAUUGGCUCGUGCUGAACCUGAACUACAAGAGGCUUUACAUCAACCUACACCACCACAAAAGCCUUGGCAUCAAUCUCAGCCGCAACAGCCAUUGGCUCGUGCUGAACCUGAACUACAAAAGGCUUUACAUCAACCUAUGCCACCACAAAAGCCUUUGCAUCAACCUACACCACCACCAAAGCCUUUGCAUCAACCUACUCCACCACCAAAGCCUUUCCUUCAGGUUACACCCCCACAGCAGAACACUUUGCGUCAGCCUACGCCUCCACCAGAAAUCCCAUUACGCCAGCCCACACCUCCACCACAAAAUCCAUUACGACAGCCUACGCCUCCACCUAAGUUGCCUGUAACUCAUCUAUCAGUGCCUAAGCUUGAGCAUCAACCUCAAGAACAACAGCCUAUACCUUGGCAUCAGUCUAAGCAACAAGCUUCAGCUAUACAUCAAUUUCAACAGCCUCUAUCCCGGUCCCCACCUCCACCUCAGCAACAACCACCAAUUCCUCGUCCUGAACCGGCUUUACCAAAGGCACAACCUCCGCCACAGUCUACACUAAAGACUGUGGUGCAAUCGCCUUCACCUAACACACAUUCACCAUUUCCGGGGUCUGAGAAUCUGCAACACUCUCCACAAUAUCAGACACAAACACAAUCCGAGCCACAGGUGCCAUCACAGCCACUACCACAGCAGCAACCACAGCUACUGCCACAACAAUUGCAGUCAGAAUCACAGUCGCAGCCACAAUCUCUGCCAGAGCCAGAGCCACAGCCAAAAUCAAAAUCGCGGCGGCAGUCACAGCGCAAGCCACAACCACAGCCAAAAUUUCAGCCACAGCCACCACCACUGCCACAAACAGAGACAUUGCAACCUCCGGCUGAAUCUCAGGAUUGUGGGGAAAAUGGAAAGUUUCAGGUGGGACAACAGGGUACACAUUUAUCGGGAGAAAAAAGUGGAACUAAUGAUGGUAACCCACAUAUUGAUGAAUCUAGUUUUUGGACUGGGUGCCCAUAUUGCUAUAAUAUGUAUGAAUAUCCAGGGCGCUAUGCUGAAUUUACACUUCGAUGCCAAAAUUGUAAGAGGGCAUUUCAUGCUGCUAAGGUUUCUACCCCACCAGGGGCAGCUGAGGGUAAAGAAGCUUACUUUUGUUCUUGGGCUCUUUUCCCAUUAGGGGUUUCUUCUGCAUAUAUGGAUCAAUGUAAGGCAGCAGCCUCGACUUGGACGCCCAUUUCAAACAUGUUUGUUGUUCCUCAAGAGGAAAAUCAUUGUCAUGGUGGAAAACGAAAGAAUAAGAGGCCAAAAGGUCCAUGGAUUUAUAUUGAUGAUGAUCAAGAUAAUGUUCAGGAUGAACCUUUUAAAGAAGAUUCUGAUGAUGAGGAUUGGCACAUCACUAAGAAGAAGAAGAAAGCUAAGAGCCCCAAGGGGAAGAGUUCGACAUCUAAAAAUGUCACGCAAUCAAAAGUGGACAAGUCAAAAAAGGUUAAGGGGAGUAAAAUUGGGAAUUUACAACCUGUACAUGCAGCACAAGAGGGUGAGGGUUUUGGGGUUCCUAAUAUGGAGGUUCCUAGUAUGCCAGUUGGUGAUCCUGGUAAGAAAGCAUCAAGUGUUAUUACAAGAAACCGACCAGGUGUAGUUUCAAAAGAAAUGGGGAAGUUGGAUCUGAAUGUGGAGUUCAGCAAUGAGGUUGAAGAGCCUGCUAAGGGAACAAACAGAGGCAGCACGGCAGAACAAGGGGCAGAAGAUAAUGCUGAAGGAACUGCUUUCUUUGAUGGUCUUGAUGAAUUUUUGAAUAGCCUACCAAUUCUCUCAGUUGAUGGUGACGACAAGGUAAAAGCUGGUUAGUGAAGUAAGCCUAGUACUGUAGCUUUUAGUACCGUAUUCAGCUAGGUUGCUUAAUUCAUUUUGCGCAAGAGAUUUCUCUGCUUAUUAUUAGCACAUCUUAUGUAAUUUAUACUUGGUAGUACUGUUGUUGAUAUAACUUUUAGCUGUUAGCGGAUCAUUCUAUGCUAUUCUCUCUUUGGGUGUUGA